AUGUGCUGUUUACUCGAGCAUCUUUUCAAAAUUGUGGUCUAUAUCUUUACAGUUUUUAUGAACUUUCUUUUAAUAGCUUAUUUACAGUUACAAUUUUAACUCUUUGGCCCAGGUUUGCCUCCGGGAAUAGAUCAUUAUUAUUCCCUCUGGACAUUGCAAAGCUGGUGCGGAACCCUAAUGGUCGUAAUCAAGAUUAAGGAUCUAUGUUAUCUGCAUUGGUGGCUUCUGAUUACUUCGUCUUUUAUAUUAGCUGGCUUGGUUCUGCACUUGAUUCUAUUUGAUUUCCAAGGAGAACAAUUGGGUGCCACUGCAAAAGUACUAAACUUCUUUGGCCUCGGGCUUAUGCUGGCUUCCUUACUAACAGUCGCAAGCUAUUCAAGAACCCUAAGGCCACCAGAGGAUUCAGUCUUUUUAUCUAGGGCGACGAUUUAA